UCUUACUUCCCUCUUUUCAUGGUGUAGACCCAACUCUCUCUCUCUCUCUCUCUCCAUUUCCAUGGUAGAAGCAAGGGGAUGUGUUCAUUUCUCUACAGCCUUACAUGAACAGUGAAGCUUCUCUCUCCUCUCCUUUAUCUUUUCUUCUUCCCUUUGCUUAAUCCUUCUCUGAGCAAAGCGGGUAGCUCGUGAUCUUCAUCGGUCAAAAAUCUCGACUUUAAGAUCAAGUCACUAGAUGAUGGAAUCUGUGGCAAUAUAGUCUCAGGGAAGAAAGAAUAAUCACAAAUCAAGCUUUGCUCUGAUUAGUGUUUUUUAGUUACUCCAUGGCCUCUAAAACUCCAGAAGGAUCACUCACCAGUUCCAGUAACACUAUCUCAGUCAACACUUUAGCAGAUCAAGUGUCUUCCACUCUGUCUCUAGCCGAUCCAACUAACAAAAAGACCAGCGAGCAAGGCGAGAGCGGGAAGAGCAGCACCUGCAGACCGAGCACAAGCAGCGACAUAAGCGACGAGAGCACUUGCAGCAGCUUCAGCAGCAGCGUCAACAAGCCUCACAAGGCCAACGACGUGAGGUGGGAAGCCAUCCAAGCCGUUAGAACCAAGCACGGCGGUUUGGGGUUGAACCAUUUCAGGCUCUUGAAGAGGUUAGGAUGUGGGGAUAUAGGAACGGUUCAUCUCGCCGAGUUGAACGGGACGAGGUGUUAUUUCGCGAUGAAGGUUAUGGAUAAGACAGCUUUGGCUAGCAGGAAGAAGCUUCUUAGAGCUCAGACGGAGAGGGAGAUACUGCAGUGUCUUGAUCACCCGUUUCUCCCGACGUUGUAUAGUCAUUUUGAGACGGAGAAGUUCUCUUGUUUGGUUAUGGAGUUUUGUCCUGGUGGUGACUUGCAUACGCUGAGACAGAGACAGCCUGGGAAACGCUUCACCGAGCAAGCAGCAAAGUUCUAUGUAGCGGAAGUGCUUCUUGCAAUGGAGUAUCUACACAUGCUUGGGAUCAUCUACCGUGAUCUGAAGCCAGAGAACGUUCUUGUGAGAGAUGACGGACACGUGAUGCUUUCGGAUUUCGAUCUCUCCUUGAGAUGCACCGUUAGCCUCUCUAUAGUCAGAUCAUCAACCAAUCUUUCAGGUUCCGAAGGUUUGUCAAAGAGUUCAGUUUCUUGCUCGCAACAACCAGCUUGCAUCCAGCAACCAUCUUGCAUCUCAAUGGCUCCAACAUCCUGCUUCGGUCCACGGUUCUUCUCCAAAUCCAAGAAAGACAAGAAACCGAAAACAGACAACGGCAACCACCAAGUGACUCCUUUGCCAGAGCUCGUUGCAGAGCCAACAAGCGCACGUUCGAUGUCCUUUGUGGGGACGCACGAGUACUUAGCUCCGGAGAUCAUCAAAGGUGAAGGACAUGGAAGCGCGGUUGAUUGGUGGACUUUUGGGAUCUUUCUUUAUGAGCUGUUGUUUGGUAAAACACCGUUUAAAGGGUCUGGGAAUAGAGCUACGCUCUUCAAUGUGGUUGGUCAGCCUUUGAGGUUCCCUGACUCUCCGGUUGUUAGCUUUGCAGCUAGAGACUUGAUAAGGAGUUUGCUUGUGAAGGAGCCGCAGCAUAGGUUAGCUUAUAAGCGUGGAGCAACGGAGAUUAAGCAGCAUCCUUUCUUUGAAGGAGUGAACUGGGCUUUGGUUCGGUGUGCUAGUCCACCUGAGAUUCCUAAACCGGUUGAGAUUGAACCGGUGAAUUGUACUCCGCCUGCUGUACCGGCUGCUGCAUCUACAAGCGUGAGAUCUGAUCAGAGCAAUUAUCUUGAGUUUGAUUUCUUCUGAAGGUUCUUUUGCAAGAAACUGUGUCUCAGAUUUGAUGAUUCUCCUAUUGUUUCUUUGCAGAAUCUGUUUAGUGUUUCUCCUUUUUUGUCUGUUUUUUUUCUUUUCACGUCUUGAACAAGUUAUGAGAUUUGUAUCAUUCUUCAACAAUCUCUGUACCAUCUUCUGAAGUUAAAUACUUAAAUGUUAUUACAAGCCAUAUAGAA